AUGGCAGAUUCCCCAAAGGACAUCGUAAUUGAGGUAGAAGAGUCCAUAAAGAAAGAAGAACAGUUGAAAAGAACAUUAAAUAUAAAAAAGUUGGAGAAGUUAUCAGAAGACAAUUUAAAACUUGUAAAAAAAUUGAAAUUUGUUCUAAAUAUAACUUUGUUCUUCUCUAUUAUUUGCUUGUUACUUGGAAGCUUUUUUAUUUUUUUAAAAGUAAGGAACGCUGGGAAUCCUUAUACUAUAAAAAUUGUAGCAAGUUCCAUGUUUGGAACCUUAGGUGUGGGGACUCUUUUAACGAGUUUAAUAAGAUGUAUUAAUAAUUGCGGUAAUAAUAAUGUGGAAAUGGGAUCUGAUAUUGUUAGUUCUUCGGAGUUUCAAGUUGAUAUUGGUAUUGUUGAACUUUCUUUAUCGAAUUAUAAAGGGCGUGGAACGAAUGAAGAAAAUGACCCAGUGUUCCAAACGAUGGAUUCUGUUAAAGAAAGGAAUAAGAAAUUACAUGAUACGGGAUAUAUACAUAAUGUAUGUUUGAUUGUUGGUUCUAUUGUUAUUAUUGCUCUUACAAUAUGUAGCAUUUCUACUCUCAUUGAUACGAAAUUUAUGGAUGAAAAAAGAUAUAUUCCUAUUAGCUAUGUAGCGGAUGUAAUCAUUAUUGGUGGUGGGGUGUUAGCUUUUCUUGGACUAUCUCUUGAUAUUUGUGUUAAAAAAGUAAAACAUAAGAAUAAACCGGAAAUGAGAGUUUUGAAGGAGGACAUACGUUUGUUUAAUAUUUAUGAUCUUAUGCGUCUUGCUUUGGAUGAUGAAGAAAGAGGAAAUGUAGAACGAUGUUUACAUGGUUUAAAACCGAAUGAAAUAUAA